GCCCCGCCCCCAACGGGCUCGAGUGUCCGCUGUGUUUGCGGCCCGUGCGGCUCCCGCUUUGGCGCCCGCUGCUGCCCUACGCCCCUAACCCCGCCGGGCGUCGUGGACCAACAUGGGCUUGGAAGAGGAGCUGCUGAGGAUCGCCAAAAAGCUGGAGAAGAUGGUGGCCCGGAAGAAGACGGAAGGGGCCCUGGACCUUCUGAAGAAACUGCACAGUUGCCAGAUGUCCAUCCAGCUGCUACAGACCACCAGGAUCGGAGUCGCUGUCAACGGAGUUCGCAAGCACUGCUCAGACAAGGAGGUGGUGUCCUUGGCCAAAGUCCUCAUUAAAAACUGGAAGCGGCUGCUGGACUCCCCUAGGACCACCAAAGGAGAAAGAGAAGAAAGAGAGAAAGCAAAGAAGAAAGAGAAAGGACUUGGUUGUUCAGACUGGAAGCCAGAAUCAGGCCUUUCUCCACCAAGGAAGAAGGGAGGAGGAGAGCCCAAAGCCAGGUCUAACAGCGGCAGAUCGAAAGUGGAAACUCCCAACACCCCCAGCAGCCCGUCAACUCCCACCUUCGCCCCCUCCGUGUGUCUCCUGGCCCCCUGCUAUCUCACCGGGGACUCUGUCCGGGACAAGUGUGUGGAGAUGCUGUCAGCCGCUCUGAAGGCAGAAGAUGAUUUCAAGGACUAUGGAGUCAACUGUGACAAGCUGGCCUCAGAAAUAGAAGACCAUAUCUAUCAGGAACUCAAAAGCACGGACAUGAAGUACCGGAACCGUGUGCGCAGCCGCAUCAGCAACCUGAAGGACCCCAGGAACCCAGGCCUGAGACGGAACGUGCUCAGCGGGGCCAUUUCCCCAGAGCUCAUUGCCAAGAUGACAGCAGAGGAAAUGGCUAGUGAUGAGCUGAGGGAGCUGAGGAACGCCAUGACUCAAGAGGCCAUCCGUGAGCACCAGAUGGCCAAGACUGGCGGCACCACCACUGACCUCUUGCGGUGUAGCAAGUGCAAGAAGAAGAAUUGUACCUAUAACCAGGUGCAGACACGCAGUGCCGAUGAGCCCAUGACCACCUUUGUCUUAUGCAAUGAAUGUGGGAAUCGCUGGAAGUUCUGCUGAUGGAACCACCGGCCAGGACGGCAGAGGAAAAGAUGAGGAAGACCCAGCAGGAAGCACAGACCACGUGACCCCAGCAAAAAUAAAAACUCAAAUGAAGGAAAAUGCUGAGCCCUGGAUAAGGCUGGGGAUUAGAGGAGGUGUGUCGGGGAUGGUUCUUUUGCCGAUUAUUAAUCAGUCGUGAAAAAUAAUUGGCUUAUGGGAGAGCCUAUUUGGGCCAUGAUGCACAGUCUUUAUCGAAGGACCUACACGGAAGGUCAGCAUCAGAUCAGAGGAGCCUUGUCCUGACAGAUUUUAAAGUUCUCUCUCCCUUACUAGAAAAUAGCAGACUUGCUCUCUUUUCUCUUCUCCCCUUCCUUCCCGCCCGCUACCCCUUACCUAUCUUAAAUAAAGUCCCACGUGGAACUAAAAAAAAAAAAAA